AUGACUGGGAAAUAUGCCGCAAUACCUGAAGCUGUGCCUUACGCAUCAGAUCUCAGAGAAGAAGCGUGUAUGACGCAAAAUGGCUCUGUUCUACGCAUCGUUGACACGCCUGGCCUUGGUGACCAGGACGAGGAAAACUUUGAGAUAUGGAAGCAAAUCUGCGAGACUUUGCGAAGGGAGACCAAAAGCAAACAGAAGGGGAGUUACGUGGUGUACCUCAUCGAUGUAUCAUCCAACGAGAUGAACAAAGCAGAUCUGAAGCAUAUGCAAGCUUUGAAGCUCCUUGUAGGAGAUGAAAACUGGAGCAAAGUGUCCAUUGUCUUCACGCGCGGUACGACAAGCGGUGAGGAUGAUCUGGACUGGCGUAAGAAGAUUGAGACAGAUCUGAUGGAAAAAUACAAACGUCUCAUCUUUGGAGAAACCAAGAAAGAUAACGCCGAUAUCGUCUUACUCAACCUGGACUACACGGACAAGGAAGUACUCAAGUCCGAGACCGAGAAGAUGCCCGGUAUCGACAGCGGUGAAUCAACAGUAGGAGCAAAGACAACAGAAGACGCCCGAGCUAUGUCUCCAUCAAGCUACAAGGACCAUCAAAAUAGAGCGGCCACCCCUCCUCCAAGCUACGAUGAUAAUAAGAAUGGCACAGUCACAAAGCUUCCACCACCCCACGAACAACCCGAGAGUAACAAGGCCAGUGUGCCACCCCCAAGCUACGAGAGUCUGCAGAACAGUGCAGUCGCAAUCCCGAAACGACAUAUAUAUCGUCCAGCCAAUUUCGAUCAAGUCGAUCGACUGAUAUCCAGGGUAUUAGCACAGCAGAGCUCAGAUCCGUUUAUGUCCCAGCAUGAAAUGGGUGUGGAAAACUGGACAUUCGAAAGCACAAAGAUCGGACGCUAUCUCAAGCUUUUGAGACCAUGGGAACCGUCAUAUGCUAGUCAGCAGACCUCUGUGUACAGUUUCUGA